AUGGCGCGCGCCGGAGCCAAGAAGGGUAUUUUGGAACGUCUGGAUGGUGGGGAGGUUGUGGUUGGAGAUGGCAGUUUCCUCAUAACUCUGGAGAAGAGGGGCUACGUGAAGGCUGGGCCCUGGACACCGGAAGUCGUGGUAGAACAUCCAGACGCAGUUGGUCAGCUUCACAUGGAAUUCUUGAGAGCAGGAGCAAAUGUCAUGCAGACUUUCACCUUUUCUGCCAGUGAAGAAAAGUUGGAAAGCAAGUGGGAAGAUGUAAAUGCUGCUGCCUGUGACCUCGCCAGAGAAGUGGCUGACAAAGGUGAUGCUUUGGUAGCAGGGGGUAUCUGCCAGACAGCAAUAUAUAAACACGACAGGGAUGAAGCAAGAGUUAAAAGACUUUUUCGACUACAGCUAGAGGUUUUUGCCAGGAAAAAUGUGGACUUCUUGAUUGCAGAGUAUUUUGAGCAUGCUGAGGAAGCUGUGUGGGCUGUGGAAGUCUUAAAGGAAUCCGGUAAACCUGUGGCAGCUACCAUGUGCAUAGGCCCAGAGGGAGACAAGAAUGACAUGACACCUGGAGAAUGUGCUGUGAAGCUGGUGAAAGCCGGGGCUUCAAUCGUUGGCGUGAACUGCCGAUUUGGGCCCAGGAUCAGCUUGAAGACAAUGAAGCUCAUGAAGGAAGGCCUCCAAGCUGCAGGGUUGAAAGCACAUCUGAUGGUGCAGUCUCUGGGGUUCCACACACCUGACUGUGGCAAAGGAGGGUUUGUGGAUCUCCCAGAAUAUCCCUUUGGACUGGAGCCCAGAACUGCAACCAGAUGGGACAUUCAAAAAUACGCCAGAGAGGCCUACAACCUGGGGGUCAGGUACAUCGGCGGGUGCUGUGGAUUCGAGCCCUACCACAUCAGGGCUAUUGCAGAGGAGCUGGCCCCAGAAAGGGGCUUUUGGCCUCCGGCUUCUGAUAAGCAUGGUAGUUGGGGAAGUGGCCUCAAUAUGCACACCAAACCCUGGAUUAGAGCCAGGGCUAGAAGGGAGUAUUGGGAAAAUCUGCUGCCAGCUUCUGGCAGACCUUUCUGUCCUUCGUUGUCAAAGCCAGACAUCUAAGGAGUAGUGAAAACCCUGGAAUAACAGAACAGAAAGAAAUCCCCCUCAAACCUCAUCUGGACCCCUCCUCAUCUUUACCAUCAGCCCACUGUGAUGUUUCCAGCCGCUGAACAGCUCA